CAGCAGAUAGCCUAAAUUAGUUGUCCACAUGAUUUGUGUUUAACGCCCGGAGGCGGGGCCAGUCUAGUGACGUCACCCGGCAGAAGAAACGCAGAGGGAAGAAUGGGGAGAGCGUGAGCGGUGGAAUCAGGUAGAGAGGAAGUCAUGGCGGUACAGAUGGCGCUCUAAGCAAUAACACGGAGAUAUUUCACAAGCCUGUCGAAAAGAUGGAGGAUAAAAGCGACAAUGACCGCCGUCUCUGUGAAGAUGGCCUUCGUAAUAAGCGCAGUGUGAGGAAAAGGAAGCCUACUGGGAGAACAACUGUUGGAAGAGAGACCACCUUCCAUACCACUGUUACUGCGCCCAGUAGCCAAACAAAAACCUCAAAUCCUGACUCUUGUGAGAGGGAAAAGUUUGACGGCUGUGGCAGAUUUGCAGUAAAAAAAAGAAACAUUCAGGUGAAAGAAGAAUACGUGUCGUCUGGAGAAGAAGACAUAUCUGGGAAAGGAAAAGAAUUUGGGUCCUCCAGGGAAGAAGAUAUAUCCAGGAAAGGAAAAGAACAUGUGACCUUCAGGGAAACGGACACAUCUGAGAAAGGAGAACAUGGGUCCUUCAGGGAAGCAGACACAUUUAGGAAAGGAGAGGAAUGUGUAUCCUCCAGGAAAGUAGACAGAUCUGAAAAAGGAAAACGUGGGUCCUCCAGGGAAGACGAUACAUCUGGGAAAGGAGAAGAACAUGUGUCCUUCAGGGAAGCAGACACAUUUAGGAAAGGAGAGCAACGUGUAUCCUUCAGGGAAGCAGACAGAGCUGAAAAAGGAAAACGUGGGUCCUCCAGGGAAGCGGACAUACCUGAGAAAGGAGAAGAACAUGGGUCCUCCAGGGAAGCGGACACAUCUGAGAAAGGAGAAGAACAUGGGUCCUCCAGGGAAGCAGACACAUUUAGGAAAGGAGAGCAACGUGUAUCCUCCAGAGAAGCAGACAGAGCUGAAAAAGGAAAACUUGGGUCCUCCAGGGAAGACGACACAUCUGGGAAAGAAAAAGAACAUGGGUCCUCCAGGGAAGCGGACACACCUGGGAAAGGAGAAGAACAUGGGUCCUUCAGGGAAGCGGACACAUCUGAGAAAGGAGAAGAACAUGGGUCCUCAAGGGAAGUGGACACAUUUAGGAAAGGAGAGCAACGUGUAUCCUCCAGGGAAGCAGACAGAGCUGAAAAAGGAAAACGUGGGUCCUCCAGGGAAGACGACACAUCUGGGAAAGAAAAAGAACAUGUAUCUUCUGCUGAAGAAGCUCCUUCUCCUGGGGAAGGAGAUCUAGGAAGUAUUGAGACUGUUGAAGACUCUCCUGUCACUCAGCACAAACAGGGAUGGGACAUGUUAAAGUUUAAUAUAGGCCGAUCCAGAGAGAUCUCAGAGGACCUCAGGAAGCAAGUUGUUGAAGCUCAUAAGAGUGGAAAGGGUUACAAAAGGAUCGCCAAAGACUUGGACUUGCAUCAGUCCACGGUAAGGCAGAUUGUCUAUAAAUGGAAAAAAUUCAGCACUGUAGCCACUCUCCCUAGGAGCGGGCGCCCUACAAAGAUCGGCGCAAAGGCGCGCCGUACGAUUCUCAAACAUUUGACGGAGAACCCUAGGGUGACGGCAAAGGACCUGAAGGCAUCUCUGGCACUUGAUAAUAUCAAUGUUCAUGAGUCCACCAUAAGGAAAACUUUGAACAAGUGGUGCUCAUGGGACUUUAUUAUGGAGGAGGACACUGCUGUCCAACCAGAAUAAUUGGGUUUGCCUUCUGAAGACCUCUUUGGGGUUGCGCUUGGAGUUUUCCUUGGCUUUUUUCUAACAUACGUUGCUUUUCAAUAGUGCUUGCUGCAAUGGCCAGUUAGAGGUGGGGGGGCAGCAGAUUCCUUUUUUCUUUUUCAUAGUAAUUUUCUUUGGGCAGUCGAGACAGCAAUUAAGCUUUUUUGGUAAAUGUACAUAGCAUCAUAUUAGGGUUGUCCCGAUACCGAUACUAGUAUCGGGACCGAUACCGAGUAUUUGCGGGAGUACUUGUACAGGACGUACCUGUACGUGGAUGUGCCCCGAUGCCUAAAUAGAAUACUCGGCCCCACCGCCGCCGCUACACCACAUCCCGCCGGCCGCCUGGUUAAUACGAGCGGGGAACAUUACAGCUUUCAUUUGAAUAGCUGU